CCCUGGUAGGAGUCAGCUCCGCCCCAAGUCACCCCCUCCCGCCCACAGCCCCAUUCCCCGCCCAGCCACCCAGUGCCUGCCCAAGGCGAGCGCGGAGGCUGCAGCGGGGCUGCAGCGCUGGAGUCGGCGGCCGUGGGGACCCUCGGCGUGGUCCUCUGACCCUGCAAACUCGCGACGGAGGAAGGGGAGGUCCUGCCCGAGGCGCCAGUCCAAGGAGGAUGCCCAUUUAACCCACCUUCGCCUAUCCCUCCGGCUGCCGGGCGCUUGCCUCGGUGCCUGCCGCCGGAGCCUCCGAGCCGCGCCCGUGGAAGUGCUGCAUGGGGCAGGGCUGCUGAAGCGCGGAGUUCGGGGUCGCGCCGCUCCCAGGCGGGCGCGGGGGCCUGGUGCGGCAGUUGGCACAGUUUCGGCGGCGCCUUCUGCGCGGGAGUGGGGGGCGCGGUGCGCCCGGCUGGCCUCCGCGGUGCCUUGGUGAGGCGAGAGUUAUGGAGCCGCCCAGCUGCAUUCAGGAUGAGCCGUUCCCGCACCCCUUGGAGCCCGAGCCGGGCGUCUCAGCUCAGCCCGGCUCCGGGAAGCCGGGCGACAAGCGGUUCCGGCUGUGGUACGUGGGGGGGUCGUGCCUGGACCGCAGGACCACGCUGCCCAUGCUGCCCUGGCUCAUGGCCGAGAUCCGCAGGCGCAGCCAGAAGCCUGAGGCGGGCGGCUGCGGGGCGCCGGCGGCCCGCGAGGUGAUCCUGGUGCUCAGCGCGCCCUUCCUGCGUUGCGUCCCCGCGCCGGGCGCCGGGGCCUCGGGGGGCACCAGUCCGUCGGCAGCGCAUCCCAGUCCGGCCGUGUUCAUCUUCGAGCACAAGGCGCAGCACAUCUCGCGCUUCAUCCACAACAGCCACGACCUCACCUACUUUGCCUACCUGAUCAAGGCGCAGCCCGACGACCCCGAGUCGCAGAUGGCCUGCCACGUUUUCCGCGCCACAGACCCCAACCAGGUUCCUGAUGUUAUUAGCAGCAUAAGGCAAUUAUCUAAAGCCGCCAUGAAAGAGGAUGCCAAACCCAGCAAAGAUAAUGAGGACGCCUUUUACAACUCUCAGAAGUUCGAAGUCCUGUACUGCGGAAAGGUGACCGUGACCCACAAGAAGGCCCCCUCAAGCCUCAUUGAUGACUGCAUGGAGAAGUUCAGCCUGCACGAACAGCAGCGCCUGAAGAUCCAAGGCGAGCAGCGCGGUGUGGACCCGGGAGAGGACCUGGCUGACUUGGAGGUGGUGGUGCCCGGGUCCCCUGGAGAAUGCCUGCCGGAGGAGGCGGACGGCACCGACACCCACCUUGGCUUACCUGCCGUGGCCAGCCAGCCUGCCCUGACCAGCUCUCGGGUCUGCUUCCCUGAGCGGAUUUUGGAAGAUUCUGGCUUUGAUGAGCAGCAGGAGUUUCGGUCUCGGUGCAGCAGUGUCACCGGAGUGCAAAGGAGAGUUCACGAGGGCAGCCAGAAAUCCCAGCCACGACGGAGACACGCGAGCGCGCCCAGUCACGUCCAGCCCUCGGACUCGGAGAAGAACAGGACCAUGCUCUUCCAGGUUGGGCGAUUUGAGAUUAACCUUAUCAGUCCAGACACUAAAUCGGUUGUACUAGAAAAGAAUUUUAAAGAUAUCUCCUCUUGUUCUCAGGGUAUAAAGCAUGUGGAUCACUUUGGCUUUAUCUGCCGGGAGUCUCCAGAGCCUGGACUUAGCCAGUAUAUUUGUUACGUAUUCCAGUGUGCCAGCGAAUCUCUGGUUGAUGAGGUAAUGCUGACUCUGAAACAGGCCUUCAGUACGGCGGCUGCCCUGCAGAGUGCCAAGACGCAGAUUAAACUGUGCGAGGCCUGCCCGAUGCACUCUUUGCAUAAGCUCUGUGAAAGGAUCGAAGGUCUCUACCCCCCAAGAGCCAAGCUGGUAAUACAAAGGCAUCUCUCAUCACUGACAGAUAAUGAGCAAGCUGACAUCUUUGAAAGAGUUCAGAAAAUGAAGCCAGGCAGUGACCAGGAAGAAAAUGAACUUGUGAUCUUACACCUGAGGCAGAUGUGUGAGGCCAAGCAGAAGACACACGUGCACAUUGGGGAAGGCCCUUCGACUAUUUCAAAUAGUACAAUCCCAGAAAAUGCAACAAGCAGUGGAAGGUUCAAACUUGACAUUCUGAAAAAUAAAGCUAAGAGAUCCUUAACUAGCUCCCUGGAAAAUAUCUUCUCGAGGGGAGCUAACAGAAUGAGAGGUCGGCUUGGAAGUGUGGACAGUUUUGAGCGGUCCAACAGUCUUGCUUCAGAGAAGGACUACUCACCAGGGGACUCUCCACCAGGGACACCGCCAGCAUCCCCACUGUCCUCAGCUUGGCAAACGUUUCCCGAAGAGGAUUCUGACUCCCCGCAGUUUCGAAGACGGGCACACACAUUCAGCCACCCACCUUCAAGCACAAAAAGAAAGCUGAAUUUGCAGGAUGGGAGGGCUCAGGCUGUGCGUUCCCCUCUGCUGAGGCAGAGCUCCAGCGAACAGUGCAGCACUCUUUCGUCAGUUCGACGCAUGUACAAGGAGAGUAAUUCUUCCUCCAGUCUUCCAAGUCUUCACACUUCCUUCUCUGCCCCUUCCUUCACUGCCCCCUCUUUCCUGAAAAGCUUUUACCAGAAUUCAGGUAGACUGUCCCCACAGUAUGAAAAUGAAAUCAGACAAGACACUGCUUCAGAAUCAAGUGAUGGAGAAGGGAGGAAAAGGACCUCGUCUACCUGCAGCAAUGAGUCCCUAAGUGUGGGAGGAACCUCUGUCACUCCUCGCCGGAUCUCCUGGCGGCAGCGCAUUUUCCUCAGGGUUGCUUCUCCCAUGAACAAAUCAUCCUCAGCAAUGCAGCAGCAAGAUGGAUUGGACAGGAACGAGCUGCUGCCACUGUCCCCUCUCUCUCCAACCAUGGAGGAGGAACCACUGGUUAUAUUCCUGUCUGGGGAGGAUGACCCAGAAAAGAUUGAAGAAAGAAAGAAAUCAAAAGAACUGAGGAGCUUGUGGAGAAAAGCUAUACACCAACAAAUCUUGUUGCUUCGAAUGGAAAAAGAAAACCAGAAACUUGAAGCAAGCAGAGAUGAACUCCAGUCCAGAAAAGUUAAAUUAGACUAUGAAGAAGUUGGUGCAUGUCAGAAAGAGGUCUUAAUAACUUGGGAUAAGAAGCUGUUAAACUGCAGAGCUAAAAUCAGAUGUGAUAUGGAAGAUAUUCAUACUCUUCUUAAAGAAGGAGUUCCCAAAAGUCGACGAGGAGAAAUUUGGCAGUUCCUGGCUUUACAGUACCGCCUCAGACACAGAUUGCCUAAUAAACAACAGCCUCCUGAUAUAUCCUAUAAGGAACUUUUGAAGCAGCUCACUGCUCAGCAGCAUGCGAUUCUCGUGGAUUUAGGAAGGACGUUUCCUACUCACCCUUACUUUUCAGUACAGCUUGGGCCAGGGCAACUGUCACUGUUUAACCUCCUGAAAGCCUAUUCUUUGCUGGACAAAGAAGUGGGAUACUGUCAGGGAAUCAGCUUUGUGGCUGGAGUCCUGCUUCUGCACAUGAGUGAAGAGCAAGCCUUUGAAAUGCUGAAAUUCCUCAUGUAUGACCUUGGCUUCCGCAAGCAGUACAGACCUGACAUGAUGUCGCUGCAGAUUCAAAUGUACCAGCUGUCCAGGCUCCUUCAUGACUAUCACAGAGAUCUCUACAAUCACCUUGAAGAAAAUGAAAUCAGCCCCAGUCUUUAUGCUGCCCCCUGGUUCCUCACAUUGUUUGCCUCUCAAUUUUCAUUAGGAUUUGUAGCCAGAGUUUUUGAUAUUAUUUUUCUUCAGGGAACUGAAGUUAUAUUUAAGGUUGCACUCAGCCUACUGAGCAGCCAAGAGACACUUAUAAUGGAAUGUGAGAGCUUUGAAAAUAUUGUUGAGUUUCUUAAAAGCACGCUACCUGAUAUGAAUACCUCUGAAAUGGAAAAAAUUAUUACCCAGGUUUUUGAGAUGGAUAUUUCUAAGCAGUUGCAUGCGUAUGAGGUGGAAUAUCAUGUGCUACAGGAUGAGCUUCAGGAAUCUUCAUAUGCCUGUGAGGAUAGUGAACCUUUGGAGAAGCUGGAGAGGGCCAAUAGCCAACUGAAAAGACAAAACAUGGACCUCCUAGAAAAAUUACAGGUAGCUCAUGCUAAAAUCCAGGCCUUGGAAUCAAACCUAGAAAAUAUUUUGACAAGAGAGACCAAAAUGAAGUCUUUAAUCCGGACCCUGGAACAAGAAAAAAUGGCUUAUCAAAAGACAGUGGAGCAAAUCCGGAAGCUGCUGCCUGCGGAUGCUCUAGCCAAUUGUGAACUGUUGCCAAGAGACUUAAGCUGCAACCCUAACAACAAAGCCAAGAUAGGAAGUAAGCCAUAAUUGAAGAGGCGUGGCCUCAGUAGGAAGUGCUCCUUAGAAUACUACAGAGAGGAAGAGCCUGCAUGCCGCUGGCCCAAGGCUGGACCCUGAAGCUGAUGGAACCACCUAAUACUGGUGCUGAGCCCCUAGUCACAGCAGGUGGACCUCGUGCUCAUCAGAGCGUGCCAAUCCUAAGCCAUCGGACAUAUGUAGAUUGGUUUUUGUUGUUGCUAUGUACAUAUAAAUAUAUAUAUAAAAUGAACAUAGUUCAUGCUUUCAGAUAAAAUGAGUAGAUGUAUAUUUAAUUUUUUUAGUCAGAACUUCAUGAAAUCCACACCAAAGGAAAGGUGAACUGAAAUUUCCCUUGGACAUAUGUGAAAUCUUUUUGUCUUUAUAGUGAAACAAAGCCAGAGCAUCUUUGUAUAUUGCAAUAUACUUGAAAAAAAUGAAUGUAUUUUUUUCUCCAAAGAACAGCAUGUUUCACUCAAUGGUGAAAAGGUGGAAACAUUUAUGGACUUUAUGUGUAUCUGUCUUAAUAUCUACUGACAUUGUCUAUAUGAGGAAAGUGACUGAAUACUAGUCAUGCUCCUAUGAGUUUUUUGGGAAGGUAGGGGCAUUUCUCCCUGCCUGCUUUGUGCCAACUAGCAUGUUGCAUCUACAUGCAUUGUGAGUCUGGUUAAGAAUUACUAUAAACAUACAUAAAGAGAAAGUAGGACAUUGUGGCUGAGUGUACCCAGCUCAAGGUAAAGGAGAAUGUCGCUAAUUUUUUAGCGAACUAAAUCAGCAUUAUUACUCAAACUAAAAAUAUCACACCUGAAAAAUUUAAUUUAGGACCUAAAAUGUCUAGAUUAACUUUCUGCCUUUUUAAUUUAAAUAACUCAUUCAGUUGUGAAUGAAUUCCUCUUUAUUUGGUGCCACAGUCACCAAAUGACAAGGAUUUGCCAUUUUCCCACCAAAUUGUGAGUGCUCAUAAUUUAGGUCUCUCUACCUUAAAUUCAGUAUAAGGAAAUGUAAUUAUGAUUGCUUUUUUCCCAAAGAUGACAAGCUGUGUCGAAAUACAUUUUUUCUUUUGACCAUUUGACAGACUCUAAUAAGCUUUAAUAAUUUUCCCCUUUUAUGUGAAAAGUUUUGAGAACUAUGAAAUAUUUAGGAACAAACUGUUAAAAUCCAUUGGAAGGGAAAAGUGGUACCAGUGGUACCAGCUCAACUAAAACCUGCAGUUCUGCAUUUCAACUCUUCACUUCCUCAGUCUACAAAUAGCUUAUUAGAGGACAUUCACGCAUGCUGGGUAUAGGCAAGGAAAGUAAUUUUCAAAGUACAUUUGCAAUUCUCUUUUUCAGAGAUGAUUCUAGGAUAGUGCCUCUGAAAGUUGAUGCAGCAUUUUUGCCUUUCCAAAAAGUAUUUAUCGUCACUGCUUUUUGCAGUACUUGUAUUUUCACAGAUGGAUUAUCUGGGGUAAUUUUCUUCAAAGGGAGUUUGUUAUACACAGUGAAAAUUUAUUAUAGAGUAGAAUAGUAAAGCUCUAGAGGUUUCAGAAAGCUUUGGUGAACAGAUGACAAACAUCCGAAACCCCCUGUACACUGUUACCCAGUGUGAAUAUAAUAACUUGUUAUAGCUCAGUGUGCCCUUGAAUCCAGACAGUUUCUUAAAAGACAAUAAAAUCUUAUGAGUAAAGUUAAUGUAACUUCUAAGUUCUAGAAAAUGCUGAUUCUGUCUACCCCAUUCAAUUGGGGGCUACUAAUUGAUUUGUUGCUUGGUUUUCCUGAGAAUUUCUCUAUUUGUAGGAGGGGUUUUUUCUUUUUACUGUCUGUUGAUGGAAAAUUAUGGGUGUGAUGCACAGAUGGUAGCCAAGGAAUCUGUUGGGAAAGUUUGGAAAGAAACCUUUUCUUUCUGUUAUUCAGUUUAAAGUAAACUUUAUCCUGGAUGUUUAUAAUCAACAUUAAGAGUUAUAUUACAGUGUUCAGAGAUUAAGCUGACUUGGAUUCAAUAUUUUCUUUUGAAAAUGAAUUUUCUUUUUCAUUUGUGAUUUUAUAAAAAUGUUGCACCAGUUAUGCUUCAUGCAUUGUUACAUCUUCAUCAGGUUAAUGUAAUGUCUAGUUCCUUUGCAAUAAAUAUAUUACUGCAGCUUU